AUGGAGGACACCAUCACAACAGACCUCUCUCCAGGAUACGUGACUCCAACAUAUGCAGAACCUCAAAAACAUAAUUAUGAUUGGUAUAAAAUACCAGAAUAUGACAUCUUGAUAAUUUUAGGUGUCUGUAUUUGCAUCUCUGCAUGUGGACUUGUGGGGAAUGUGGUGGUUGUGUGGCUCCUGGGCUUCCGCAUGAAGCUGAAUCCCUUCACUGUCUAUGUCCUGAACCUGGCCAUUGCUGACUUCUGUCUGCUCCUGGUCCGUCUUGCAAAAUUUAUGCUAUCCAUUAUUUCAUGGGUCUCUUACAUUGACUAUGAGGUGUUCCAUUUAGCAGAUGAUAGCCUGUUCUUUCUGUUCAUGUUUUGUUAUGUGGCUGGCAUGUAUCUGCUGACAGCCAUCAGCGUGGAGCGGUGCCUGGCUGCUUUGUUCCCAGUUUGGUAUCGGUGCCACCGCUCAAAGCACUGCUCAGCCAUCCUGUGUGCGGUGCUCUGGGCUCUAGCUGCACUUUUUGAUGUUCUUGUGUUUUUUGCUUAUGCUUUCCGUAGCAGGUUUAACCACGUCAUAUAUGUUUUAUGUGUUGUGAAAUUAGCCUUGUUGGCUUCCAUCCCAUUGCUUUCCAACCUGGCCCUGUUCAUCAAACUCCAAUGUGGCUCCCAGAGACGACACCCAGGGAAACUCUAUGUUGCUGUCCUGCUCAGUGUUCUCUUCCUGUUUCUCUUAGGCUUUCCCUUCAGUGUGGAGAUUUUCCUUUUUCAGUUUUAUGGACAUAAAUUUUAUAUUUCUUUUUUGCUGGCCUCACUGAACAGCUCCAUCAAUCCUGUCAUUUACUUCCUAGUAGGGAGCUGCCGGCAACACCGGUUCCAAUGCUCCCUCAAAGCUGCCUUCCAAAGGCUGUUUGAAGAGGGAGCCGCGAGUGAGGAGAGGAGCCAGGUGCCCGGGGAUGCCGUGAUGGAGACCAGUGUCUGA